CAGAUAUGGUAUAUAAAGUGUAAAGUUGUGAUCGUUCCAUCAUUUCAGUUCGGAUAACGAUAUACGAAAUGAAUAACUUGUGCGUUUUGUUGAUUUCCGUAAUUUGCUUGAUUCAGAAUGCCUACAGUCAAUGCCUUGGACCAGCGGGAACAUUCCCUAAUGGUUACGGUCUUGGGUAUGGACCUGGAAUCGGCAUUGGACCUGGCAUCGCUCCAGGUUUCGCAGGACCAGCGGGCAUUGCGCCCGGUUAUCCAGGAAUAGCUCCAGCUCUUGAAGCUCCUCUGGCUGUUGGCGGGUAUGGUGGUUCUGGUGUUGGUGACGUUGCUGUUGCUGGUGAAAUGCCAGUCGCCGGUACAACACUGGUUGCUGGACAAGUCCCGAUCCUUGGUGCUGUGCGCUUCGCUGGUGAUCUGCCAGCUAUCGGUACUGUUAGUAUUGCUGGCAGUUGCGGCUGUGGAUGUGGAGCUCCAGGAUAUUACUACUGAUAAACAUAAUAACCUUCAAUUUUUGAAACGAUU